AUAUCUUAAACAUUACAAAUUGAUAUCACUGUGUGAAGUAUCCAGCUCCCUUUCGACACCCCUUCUCUAAAAAGAAUGGAAAAAAAGCCUACGGGGUGAAGGCUCACACGCGUCACCGCCGCAGUUGGAAAGAUGCACACGUGUUACGUGGAACAAUCUAGACGAACCAGUCGCGUGUAUACUUAAGCAUAACGUAUCCCACAAAAUCCUCAAUUCACCUCGCUUUCACAUCGCGAUUGCGGCCAGCACACCAUCCACCGCCACAGCCCGCGCCCGAUCUACCAUCCCAUGGAGGAGCGUCAGGCGGACAAAAUGCCGGCGAGCGCGCAGCAUCACGACGAGCAUCCGAAGCAGCAGGAGUCUCCCGACGAGGAGGUCUCCUCGCUGAGCCCCACGGUGGCGAGGCUGGUACGGGAGUCCGUCGCCUCCAAGCCGGCGGACGGCGGGAAGGCGGCCGCGGACGGCUCGUCAGACAUCUUGGCCUUCGCGCGCUCCGUCGACCGGGUGGACUCCAGCCUCGAGUAGCUUUGCUAGUUUGUGCCGACUUGCUUGUACCGUAGGAGUAAUAAAACGCUCGGCAGUUUAUUUCCCUUGUUGCAAGUUUCAGUCUUUCAGAACACCGCGCUCAUUCGCGUCCUGACUUUCCCUCCUCUUUUUCCUCACUGAGAAGCAACGGUCCUAAUUACACGUUUUGGUCCGUGGGAAGAUGCUUUACGUUGCUAUCUAGUGAUGGGACAUCUGCGGUGAGUUUGGUCUAA